AAUGACCCGCACGAGGUUAUCUCGACGCAAUACUUUACGGUAAUUAUAGGCGUGUUACUAAAUUCUCUUCUCCGCUUUCAAAUCGUAUUCUUAUCUAUAACUCUGAUACAGUAAUCACUCAUCUUCAGCACGUGGUCCUUCUGCACGCACAUGUGACUUUUCGAUUAAAACCUUCUUGAACUCACAGUCUUUGGAAAAAUGUUCAACGGUAAAUAAUAUUUUUAUUGACUAUCGAUCCGAUCGACUAAUGCCAUUUCGUAAAACUACGAUUAAUUGAUAAGGUGAAGAGUCUCAUUGGAAUCCAAGUUUCAAAAACAGUAUCAAUCUAUCGUAAAAAUGGCAAGCACUAUAUUCACUGGAAUCGAAUUAGGACCACCCAUUGAAGUCUUUGCACUCAGCAAAGCUUUCCAAGAUGAUCCUCAUACACCAAAAGUUAAUUUAACUAUUGGAGCUUACAGGACAAGUGAAGGCAAACCAUGGGUGUUGCCAGUGGUUAAAAAAACUGAAUCUGCCAUGUCAGCAGAUGAAACAUUGAACCAUGAGUAUCUUCCAGUACUUGGUUUGGAUAGUUUCAGUCAAGCAGCAACUUCUAUGAUAUUAGGAAAAGAUUCACCUGCUAUUCGUGAAGGUAGAGUAAUUGGAGUGCAAUCACUGUCAGGCACAGGUGCACUUAGAAUUGCUGCUGAAUUUCUUGCUCGAAUUCUGCAUCUUGAUACAUUUUAUUAUAGUAAACCAACAUGGGAAAAUCACAGAUUAGUAUUUAUCAAUGGUGGUUUUAAAAAGAAUUGUGAAUAUCGCUAUUGGAAUCCAAAAACACGUGGUAUUGACUUGGAUGGUAUGCUAGAAGACUUGAGAAAUGCUCCAGAGAAUGCAGUUAUUAUUUUGCAUGCAUGUGCACAUAAUCCUACAGGUUGUGAUCCUACUCAUGAACAGUGGCAAAAAAUAGCUGAUGUUAUUGAAGAGAAACAUUUAUUACCUUUAUUUGACAGUGCCUAUCAAGGUUUUGCAAGUGGUGAUUUAAACCAUGAUGCUUAUGCUGUGAGACUAUUUGACUCUCGUGGUAUUGAGUUUAUCUGUACUCAAAGUUUUGCAAAGAACUUUGGUUUAUACAAUGAAAGAGUAGGAAAUUUCGUUUUAGUAUCUAAUAGUGCAAAGCAAAUUCCUGAAAUGAAGUCGCAAUUGACUUUGAUAGUAAGAGGAAUGUACAGCAAUCCUCCUAAUCAUGGGGCUAGAGUAGUUUCAACUGUACUCAACAAUUCUCAGCUUUUUGAAGAAUGGAAAGAUCAUAUUCGUACUAUGUCUGGUAGAAUUAAAGAAAUGAGAAAAGGUCUUUAUGAAAGAUUAAAUAAGCUAAAAACACCUGGUACUUGGGAACAUAUAAUCGAUCAAAUUGGAAUGUUUUCUUAUACUGGUCUUUCAGAAAAACAAGUGGAGCAUUUAAUUAAAAAUUAUCAUAUUUAUCUUUUACGCAGUGGCCGUAUUAACAUGUGUGGCCUUAAUGAAAAAAAUCUCGAUUAUGUAGCAGAAGCUAUUCAUGAUGCAGUAACAAAAAUAUCAUAAAGC